CGCCUAAAGUUGCGUUUGGUACGGGGUGAAUUCUUUUCUUCUUCUUCCUGCCAUAGACUCGGAGCUAUCCAUCCAGGUGCUUCUAGUUGUUGGCCGCAAGCUACGCCUCCAUCGUCUUCCUCCGGCCCCGUCUUCUAUGUGCAUUAUUAGGAUUAUUAUUGGACAAGUGCAAAUAGGGAAUUGCUCAGCAAGGAUUGGAGUAUUCUUUUAAUUACUUACAAUGGCGUCCGAAUGGAAAGAUGAGGAUAUGAAUAUGAUUGUCACUCAAGUCAGUGUUGGUGGGUUUGGGGGUGACGUGAGUGCAAAAGAUCUAUAUGAUUAUCUUGAAAGGCAAGUUGGUCUCAUAUGGAGGUGUAGAUUGAAGACUUCUUCGACACCGUCUGGAUCAUAUCCAGAUUACACCAUAGAUGCUGAGGACGUAACAAAGAACAGUGGCUAUGAAAAGGUGGUCCCGCAUGCUUUUGUACAUUUUGUAGAGCCAAGUUCAGCAAAGGCAGCUCUGGCUGCUGCUGGGCGCAAGCAACUCGUGUUGGCUGGAGAUACUUUGACAGUCAGUUUGGGACCGGAGAAUCCACACCGGAUGAAUGAGAGGAGGAGGACUGUAUUGGCACAUAGGCUUCCCGAUGCUCUUUUUGAGGCUGGAGUCAUGGCGGGCCGGGAUGAUUUUGUUGUGUCUUGGAGGGGACCUGCGAAGGGGGCUGAUUUUUAUGUGGACCCUUACAAUGCUACUUGCAGAAUGGUUUUCACAAAAGACACUGUUUUCAAUGACCCCGGAGAAAACAAACAGACUGUCAUAAAAUGUGAUUUCAAGAUAGAGUUCACCUUGAAAGACAUCAACCAAAUUCAGAGGCCAGAUGAUUACUCUUCUUUGGUUCUCUUGGUGCAAUUAGCUUCGUCUCCUCUCUUAUAUUACAGGACGUGUGCUGAUGAUAUUGAGAGUUCAGAUCCGUAUGAAGUGCCUGAUGAUGAUGAUCCGUGGAUCCGGACCACAGAUUUUACUGGAGCAGUCGGCCGGUGUAACAUGUUUUGGAUUUCGAUUAAGCCUUACAAGGGCCCUACUUUUAACAAGGUGAUGGAGUAUUUUAGGAAACAUAGAGUGCCUCUUGAUGAAUUGUCAGGGAAGAAGAUCCGGAGAAGGGACGAGUGUUCGAUUGGGUCACCAUAUCUUGACCCUUUCUUUUGUGUGCAUGGAUAUGAAGGUUUGAGUUUCUCUGUAUUGUUUUUGCUGAAUGCUGUUGUGCACAAAGGUAUAUUCAAUCAGCAUCAGCUCACUGGUCAUUUCUUUGAGCAACUCAAAAGGCUGCCAGAGGAUGUGAAUCUGGCUGCUUUGAAACACCUAUGUGCCUAUAAGUACCCGGUGUAUGACGCAUUAAGGAAGUUGGAAUCUGUUCAGAAAUGGCUGUUAAAGAACUCAAAGCUCACCGAGAGACGAAAGGAAUUAGAUGAUAUUGUUGAAGUGAGGAGGUUAGUGAUCACUCCUUCCAAAGCAUACUGUAUUCCACCCGAGGUUGAGCUGGCAAACAGGGUUCUAAGGAGAUACAGAAAUAUUUCCGACAGAUUCUUAAGAGUUACUUUUAUGGACGAAGGAAUGAAAACGCUUUCCCACAAUGUUCUCUCAUUUUACCCUGCUGCAAUUGUGAAGGAGGUUGACACAAGAAAUUCAUUCCGCCAGAGCACUUCUGUGUUCUUGAGGGUGAGAGACAUUGUAAGGAAUGGGUUCCGUUUAUGUGGCAGGAAAUAUUCCUUUUUAGCAUUUUCUACAAACCAACUUAGAGACCGUUCUGCCUGGUUUUUUGCUGAUGGGGAAGGAGUUCGUUUACAAGAGAUCAAAAACUGGAUGGGUAAGUUCACAAACAAGAAUGUUGCCAAGUGUGCUGCCAGAAUGGGAUUAUGUUUCUCUUCCACUUACGCCACCUUUGAUGUCCCGCGCAACGAGGUCGACUGGAAGCUUGAAGAGAUUGAGAGAAAUGGGUACGUUUUCUCCGACGGAAUCGGUAUAAUAACAGAGGAACUAGCAAAAAAAGUUGCGGAAAAGUUGCAGUUGAGUGUAAACCCACCUUGUGCAUAUCAGAUCAGAUAUGCAGGGGCAAAAGGCGUCAUUGCAUGUUGGCCACAAAGGGUUGAAGGGGUGAGUCUUCACCUCAGGCCAAGUAUGAAGAAGUUUGAGUCAGAUCAUACAAUCCUUGAAAUAUGUUCUUGGACUAGAUUCCAACCUGGGUUUUUGAACAGGCAAAUAGUGACUCUACUUUCUGCUUUGGGUGUGGAAGAUGAAAUAUUUUGGAAUAUGCAGGAAAUGAUGAUAUAUAGACUUAAUGAGAUCCUUGUGGAUUCAGAUGUUGCUUUUGAUGUACUUACUGCCUCCUGUGGCGAGCAAGGGACCACUGCUGCAAUAAUGUUGGCUGCUGGUUUCAAGCCUCACAAAGAACCUCAUCUACGUGGCAUGUUGACCAGCAUUCGAGCUGCCCAGCUCGGUGAUCUUAGGCAAAGGGCUAGACUCUUUGUCCCUUCCAGUAGAUGGCUUAUGGGCUGUUUGGAUGAGCUAGGGGAACUUGAACAAGGGCAAUGUUUUAUCCAAGUCUCAGGCACAUCCCUUGAGAACUGUUUCACCAAACACGGUUCUAAGUUUGAGACGAAGAUGAAUCUGAAAGUGGUAAAGGGCAUUGUUGUAAUUGCAAAAAACCCAUGCCUCCACCCAGGUGACGUGCGGGUUCUGGAAGCGGUCAAUGUCCCCGGCUUGCACCAUUUGUAUGAUUGUUUGGUGUUCCCCCAAAAGGGGGAUAGACCACAUACUAACGAAGCCUCUGGGAGUGACCUCGAUGGUGAUCUCUACUUUGUGACUUGGGAUGAGAGUCUCAUCCCGCCCAGUAGAAGAAGCUGGCCCCCCAUGGAAUAUGCUGCAGCACAAGUUCAAGAAUUGAACCGGCCCAUUACUCAACAGCAAAUUACAGAUUUUUUCGUAAGGAACAUGGUCAACGAGAGCCUGGGCCAGAUCUGCAAUGCCCAAGUCGUCCAUUCAGAUCUGAGCGAAUACGGAGCGUUUGAUGAGAAGUGCCUUAAGUUGGCCGAGCUUGCUGCCAUCGCGGUCGAUUUCCCCAAGACUGGGAAAAUGGCAAAUAUGCCCCCCGGAUGCAAACCAAAGUUGUACCCUGAUUUCAUGGGAAAGGAGCCCUUCCAAUCCUACAAAUCCAAGAAAAUCCUGGGCAAACUUUACCGGAGAGUCACGGACGCUUCUGAUGCAAAUGAGGUCCCUCCUUCCAGCCUGGCAUGCCUCCCGGAGGACAUACCCUACGACACUGACCUAGAGAUUCCAGGGUCAGAUGCCGCAUUGGACGAGGCUUGGGGCUGCAAGUGUUCUUAUGAUGGACAGGUGAACGCUCUUCUGGGGCAAUACAAAGUGAGCAGAGAGGACGAAGUUGUCUCCGGACACAUAUGGUCCAUGCCAAAGUAUGGCAGCAACAAGCUCGUCGACAUGAAGGAGAGACUGAAGGACGCGUAUAGGACCCUACGGAAGGACUUCCGGAAGGUGUUUGACCAAAUUCCUGCCCAUGUUGACCAACUUUCGGACGACGAGAGGAACGGUUUUUACGAAAGAAAGGCUUCAGCUUGGUACAGGGUGACCUACCACCCCACCUGGGUGAAAAGGUCUCUGGAGCUUCAACACCCCGACGGGGCCGGGGAGUCGGUUAUGCUAAGCUUCCCAUGGAUUGCGGCGGAUUACCUUGCCAGAAUCAAACUCCGGCGCCGGGGAGUCGCAGGGAACUCUGAUUCCAGUAAGCCUAUCAAUGCUCUCAGUAAAUAUAUUGUUGAUAGACUGUGACAACACUUCAGCCUCUGUAAAAAUCUACUGGUGUUAAGAAAGCUGGCUCUGGUGUAUUUGUUUGUGCAGUUUUGAAUAAUGGGUUACAAUUGGGUUUCAAGGAUCUUGUGUUGGGUGGUAUGGUUUUUACCAUAUGGGCCAUUUGGAAAGCAAGGAAUCAAGCUUUGUGGGAACAAAAAGUGAUGCAGCAAUCGCUCACUGUAAAUCUUGUACGUACUAAAGCUUCAAUGGGACUGAGAAGCGAGAGUGGCGUUAACAGAACUUGGGGUUACAAUUAUAUUUCCAGCCAUAGGGACUCGAAGUAGGUCCUCCCUCAGUUGUAUGUGGAUGCUGCGAUUUUCCAGCAAGAGGGGGUUGCUGCAUGCAUUUGGAUGGGUGCUUCUCUCACCAGACUGUCGGUUUUUGGCAAUAAAGAACGGCUAGAUGCGGUGCGCGUUGGAUCCUUUAUUGGCAGAGGCUACGGCUUGUAAAGAGGCGAUUUUCUGACUGAAAAAAGGGAUGUCCGUAACGUGGAGUUACUCUCGGAUUACCAAACGGUUGUCCGUGCUUUGGGUGCAGGCAAAGAUUAUUCUU